AUGGAAGGGACAGCAGCAGCUGUGCAAGACAAGUACGAGUACCUGCCAGGCUUCGGCAACCACUUCUGCUCAGAGGCGGUCAAGGGCACUCUCCCCAAGGGCCAAAACACGCCGCAGCAGUGCCCCAAGGGGCUCUAUGCCGAGCAGCUUUCCGGCACCGCCUUCACCAUGCCCCGCAAACGCAACCAAAGGAGCUGGCUCUAUCGCAUCCGCCCGUCGGUGGGCCACAAUCCGUUCAAGAAGCUGGCCCACAAGUACAUGCAGAACAACUUUGCCGACCUCUCCUUCGACCCCAACCAGCUGAGGUGGAAGCCCUUCCCCUUCCCGGCCGACGACGAGAAGGUGGACUUUGUGAUGGGCCUACGCACGCUCGCUGGGGCGGGCCACCCGUCCACGAGGACCGGCAUGGGCAUUUACAUCUACACGGCCAAUGCCGACAUGCUCGACACCGCUUUCUACAACAGCGACGGCGAUUUUCUCAUCGUGCCGCAGCAGGGUACGCUGGACAUCCAGACUGAAUUCGGAUACCUCGAAGUCAAGUCGGGCGAGAUCGCGGUCAUCCAGAGGGGCAUCAGGUUCCGCGUGGCGUUGCCGGACGGGCCUUCGCGUGGCUACAUCGCCGAGGUCUUUGAUGGACACUUUGAGAUCCCCGACCUCGGCCCCAUCGGCGCCAACGGCUUGGCCAACCCCCGGGACUUCCUUACCCCCGUGGCCGCCUACGAGGACAAGGACGAUUGCGAGUACACCAUCGUCAACAAAUUCAAUGGCGCCCUUUGGACCUGCACCCAGACUCGCUCCCCGUUCGAUGUGGUGGCAUGGCAUGGCAACUACGCCCCGUACAAAUACGAUCUGGCCCUCUUCAACGCCAUAAACACCGUCACGUUCGACCACAUCGAUCCGUCCAUCUUCACGGUGUUGACCUGCCAGACCAACACGCCGGGCGUGGCGGCGUGCGACUUUGUGAUCUUCCCGCCGCGUUGGGCCGUCGCGGAGAACACCUUCAGGCCGCCCUACUACCACCGCAACUGCAUGUCCGAGUUCAUGGGCCUCAUCAGGGGCAUGUACGAGGCCAAGCAAGAGGGCUUCCUUCCGGGCGGUGCUUCUCUACACAGCUGCAUGAGCGCUCACGGCCCCGACAGGACCACAUUUGAGAAAGCUUCCACGGAGGAGCUGAAGCCGGUGCGCAUUCCUGACACGACGUUGGCCUUCAUGUUCGAGUCAACCUAUCUCUUCUCCCUCACCGAGUUCGCCGAAGUUGCCGAUAACCUGGACCAGAACUACUACAAGUGCUGGCAGCCGCUCGACAAGCACUUUGCCCCCGACCAGUCGUAG